UUGUCAAAUUGACAAUUUUGAAUUUGAAAAAAUAUUUUGAAAUGGAUUAUUUCUUUAGAUUUCUAGCAAAAUAGUUUUUAUUUCCAAAUAAUUAUUGUAACAAAUUUUGAGAAAAAGUAGACAGUUUUAAGGUAUGUCUGGUCUCGAAAAGAUUACCGAUAAUGCAUCGGUUUCAGUUAUAAAAUUCCUACAAGCAAAUGUCCCAAAGAGCGACCUCGUCAACAUAGAAAAAGAGUUAAAAAAAGACUUUUUAUUAGCUAAGAAAAAAAGCAAAGGACAAAAGGUAAAAAAGAAACGAAAGAAGUCUCGGAUUCUCACACGAAAAGAGAAAAAGGCUCUUGGUUUUUAUGCUAUACCAAGAGACAGUGUCAAGUAUAGUGAAGUAGUGCCGUUAAACCAAAUUUGGUCAGACUACAUCAGUCAAAUGUUAGAGUUAGAGAAGCUUGGUCCUGUCGGUACUAAUAAGAACUGGGAACAGUUUACACAAACUAUAUACAAAGCUGAUUUUCACGGUAGCAUGAUGCAAGUUGUAAGGUCAAAAUGCCCUAGCUAUGUUGGUAAAAAAGGCAUCUGUAUUAUGGACACAAAAAAUACCUUUAAAAUUGUAUCAAUUGACAAUCUAGUGACUACAAUUCCCAAAAAGGACAGUGUUUUUGAAUUAUAUGUCAAAGAUAUAAAGAUAUGUGUUUUUGGUAAACAUUUGUGUGUUAGGCCAGCAGAACGAUCAACUAAGAAAGUUAAAAGCUAUUUACAUCCAGACUUGUAAAUAAAGUAUAUGUUAUACAC